AUGUAUAUCAAGUGGACGGUGUCAGUGGCUUCGUUGAAACUCAUCGAUAUUAAUAUUUGUCGCCUUGCUGUUAUAACGUUUAGCAUCUGCACCGUCGUGCUGGGAAUAGUUUUAUCAUUCGUGCCAUGGCUAGAUUAUAUUAUAUUUAGGGAAUUACGGUUAUGGAAUGGUUCAGUGAGCUACAGUUAUUGGCAGAGACCAGGGGUCAUACGUCUGACCAAGGUCUACAUAUUCAACGUGACGAAUCCCCAAGGUUUCUUGGAAAAUGGCGAAAAACCCAAGCUGAAUGAAGUCGGACCUUUUGUCUAUAGAGAAGACAUGGAGAAGGUCCAUAUUAAGUUCCACGACAAUGAUACCGUAACAUUCCAGCACAACAAAAUACUGAGGUUCGUGCCAGAAUUGUCUGUGGACAAAUCGCAAAAGCUUGUUGUGCCCAAUAUACCUCUCUUGACAGUAACGUCGUUCUCUCCAAACAUGGCUUCGUUUGUCUUCAACUUGCUGGUGUCUGGACUAUCUCUAACCUAUCGAGACCGAGCCAAGCCAUUUGUUCACGUUACUGCUGAGGAGCUGGUCUUUGGAUACAACGAUCCACUAGUAACUCUGGCGCAUUAUUUCUAUCCAAAAGGAAAACGUCCUAACAGUCAAAUGGGUCUGUUACUUGCGAGAAACGGCACCCUGUCUGAAGUGUCCACUAUCUACGCUGGUCAAGACAUGAAGAAAUUCGGUUAUUUGGACAAAAUCAACGGUCUGGAUCAUCUGCCACACUGGAAGGAUAAGCCUUGUAACAAUAUCAGGGCUUCCGAAGGCUCCUUCUUCCCACCCCGAGCAGUCACAAACGAAGACAUGGUCUACAUUUACGACAAGGAUCUCUGUCGAAUUCUACCAAUGAAAUACCGAAAAGAUGCAUUAAAGUGGGGCUGUACACACCCCCCUGAGUCGACGUUGGAAAAUGCAGAUAUCAACCCUGAAAAUAAAUGCUAUUGCGGUGGAGAUAAGUGCCCCAGACGGGGACUACAGAAUAUCAGUCCCUGUCAAUACAAUGCACCCGUAUACUUAUCAUACCCACACUUCUACGAUGCUGAUCCAACUCUUCUAGAUCAGGUGGAAGGCCUUAAACCUGAUAAGGAGAAGCACGAAAGCUACUUCAUGAUACAACCGAAAAUUGGCGUUCCCCUCGAAGGGCAAAUCCGGGUGCAGCUGAACUUGAAGGUGGACCGCGCAGCCAACAUCCGCGUGAACAACAUACACAAAUUCCCUGAUAUUGUCUUCCCUGUUAUGUGGCUUCAAGAGGGUAUCGAAGACGUAACAACACCGAUAUGGCGUCUUAUAUACCUGGCUACAGCUUUCGGUCCCAUCGCCGCUCCAGUCAUAUCCUACUCGCUCAUCGUAGCAGGCAUUCUCCUCAUCAUUUACGUCUUCAUCAAGGCGUACAAGAAGUUCGUGCUGGGGCAAAAUUCCAUUGAGAUCGUAGAGCUGGGGCGGGAGACCCUUCGCCGCGGUUCCACUUUGAUCAUCAACGGUUCCCAUAAGCUGCUGAACCACAAGGAGGCGUCGUACCAACCCUUGAGGAAGUCCACCUCAUCAUCGAGCCGGGAGGACGGCGUGCAGGAGUUAAACUUCAUAGAUAAAACGGAAAGUCUGAGCCGGAGCUUGGAUGAGCUGAAGAGUAUACUAAACAGAGAUUUCGUGAAGAGUAACUUCAGUGAAAUGGAAAGAGAGUCACUGAUACACGCGGAUAAUUCGUUUAUUCUAUCUGAGCACAGGCGAUAUAGUGUUUUCAAGGUACCAGAGAGUUUGAAGUGA